AUGUUCGGUGAAGACUUGGCUCGUAUACGAGCUCUAACUGUGGGGCUGGUGCGCCAAUGUCAGACCAUUCACGGACGAGAUCGAACCUGCAUCCCCCCGCGACUUCCCCCGGAGUGGGUCACCACGCUCUUCUUUAUCAUCAUGGGCAUCAUCUCCCUCACGGUCACCUGUGGCCUGCUGGUGGCCUCGCACUGGCGUCGAGAAGCCACGAAGUACGCAAGGUGGAUCGCCUUCACAGGAAUGAUCUUGUUUUGUAUGGCCGCCCUCAUAUUCCCAAUAGGAUUCUACAUCAAUGAAGUAGGGGGACAACCGUACAAAUUACCCAACAACACAGUGGUGGGCUCCUCUUAUGUACUGUUCGUGCUCUCCAUCUUCUUCACAAUAGUGGGGCUCCUGUUUGCGGGAAAAGUCUGUCUUCCUGGCUGAGGGGACGUUCCCAGCAGGGACAGCCGGGGUGUUCAAAGUGAGACGGAAGGAAACGGCACUCAUCGAGAAGGGCCAACGACAGGGGGUGGUGGUAUAUGGUAAUAACUUAUUAAACUGCGAAAUUAAACAGACGAUUACUGCACACACUACAUACGAGUGCUCCCCUCCACCCAACCCAAGCUUCGUUAAACCCGUGCUGUCUUUAUGUUGCACCUUUGAGUUUCAACCCAAAGGAUCAGGGCUUUGGAGUACACGCAGGCCCGUCCGGAAAGGACAGAGCGCAUCCACAGCGACUGCUUCCAGUACUACUUUACUUUGGAAUAUAGUUCUGUAUCUUCUGUUCAUUUAAGUUUGCAGAGUUUCACACAAUUGCGCCCCCUGCCUUUGUGGAGAGGAAAGACUAGAAACUGGUGGAGAAUGCGGGCAGUGACACGAUGGACCGGGUGCUCGGUCCAUCCAGAGGGGCCACAACGGGACUCCCACAUUCGCUCUGGCGGCCCUAGAGCUGGCCGGGACACUGCACUGAUACAAAAGAGGGAAAGGAAAAAGGGAACAGUAUUAAGAACAAUUUUGCUCGCACGCUACAUGAGGCGAACACUCCAGGACUGCCGGUCAGGACCCUGCAAGGCUGUGCCUCGCUGUUAAACCUGUUACACGCUCAGAUAUUGACGGACUGAAUGUCUCUGAAUCUGACACCAUACCAAAAUAAACUCCCGCCUGAGCUUACUUGAGUGUGAGGCGAGUUUAGUUCAAUCACAGGCGGAUGUAUUUGUGCUUUGACUUUACACCUGCUCAUCUCUUCUUGUUUUGAUCUCUGGGUUUGCAGAGCCCUUCAUUUGUUUGGUUUGAUUUGCUAAUGUGCCAUAAACCUGUUUUGUUGUAUGAAUGCUAAGGGCAUGAGUUGGGUUUUAGGGAGCACUGCGUGGUAUAGCCAUUUCAGUAGGCGAAGCACUACAGAUGUACAAAAAUGAACUCCUUACCUCAUUAUUUUGCGAUUCAGAAUUAUUUUUCCCCCACCAUGACAAAAUAUGUGCCCUGUAAGUUUUGUUCUGCCUUGAUCACAGACAUUUCGUUCAAAUGCUGCGAUCAUGGCAAAUUAUUUAUCUGACACUGAAUAAAAGGAGCUCAAGAAUGCGUGCGUGUUACAUUCGCUCGGUUUUUGAAACAUUCCCCUUUUUGGAAUGCAAAUGUACUCUGUUGAGAGUGUCUCUACAGUGGAACAAAACCAUAAGUGUUUGUUUAUGAUGGAUGUGUGAUAUGAAGGUUACAUUUUGCCCACAAGCAGUUGUUUUUUCGUUAAUCUUCUCUUAGUGUGUGUUGUUUUAUUUGAAUGUGCUCUUUUGUUUAAUCCACUUAAGAAAGGUCAUGCUCACAGUCGCCUUUACAUUCUUUACUAAAUUAGUUUCAUUAAUGCUUUAAAAGACUGCAUUUUCCUAGGAAACAUUCAUGUUCAUUAUAGGGAUGGCAAACAGAUAAAGUAUAUUUAUUCAAAUAUUAGAUGAUUCUCGUAAAUAUAUGGGGUAAAAACAUACACUCUUGGAUCGAAGAAUUGAUAAAAAAUGUUUAUAAGAAAUUCCCUCCUGCAUUCAGGCAAGAUGUGUACAAUUGCUUUUGACAAAAGAUGUCACUCCGUAUCGCACUGGGACCUAAAUCAAUGUGAACUGUGAGAACGACGGUGGACCGCAGUGGACAACUUGCGUGCUAAAGACUGCUUCUGCUUUGGAUAUUUUGGGAAACCCAUCAUAAAAUGGAAAAAAACGUGCAUAUAGGGUAAUGAAAAGCUAUUAUUUAUGGUUUUAAAAGGGAAGGAAACUAAUGUAUGAGUAACAGUAUUAUCUAUCAGAGGAUGUUAGCAGUCCUUGUGCACAGUUACUGUUAACAGAUCCGUAUUACUGGCAAGACAACGGUUUUCUCUGCUACUCUUUGUUUCAGUAUCUCACUGUAUACAAUAAAAGGCAUUAAAGAAGGCGA